GAGAAAUUUGGCAGAAUGGGUUGGAAAAAGCGGCGGUAAAAGUUUUUGUGCAAACCUGUAUUGGCACAGACGACGUUCAUCCCCAGUGUAUCUCAUGUCUCUCCAGAGUUCCUCAAGAAGAACCACCAGGUCCCCUUUCCCAAAUUGAUGAAGAGGGAACUGCGACUGCAACUGAUCUACAGAAAUAUGAGGAGACGACAGAAGAGUGCACAGGCCGUACUCCUUCAAGUGCUCGCAGUGCGGCGCCGCGUUCAACACCGAGUCGUCCCUCGCCCUGCACCGCCGGUCGCGGCUCCCCUGCACGGGAAGGAGGCACCGCUGUCGCCUGUGCAACUACGCCACCGACUACACGACCAGCCUCAGGGCGCACGAGCGGACGCACACGGGCGAGAAGCCCUACAUCUGUCACAUCUGCUUCAAAAGGUUCUCGCAGAAGGGAACGUUGAAGGCGCACUCCAAGACGGUUCACAUGGGGGAGCAGGCCCUGCAGCUGUGGACGUAGACGCCCCUCAAAAAAGGAUUCUCGCGGAAGGGAGGAAAGUUAAGCAAGAAGAAGGCGGCGAGGAAGGACAGUUCGCGUGCUCCCCCUGCGGCGGAGCCUUCGUCUCCGAGACGUUCCUGCAGGAGCACCGCGGGGAGAAGCGCCCGGGCGGGGGAGACAAGCACCGGUGCAGGUUCUGCGACUACGCGAGCGCGGACGCCUUCUGCGUCCGCAAGCACGAGCGGGUCCACACGGGGGAGAGGCCGCACGUCUGCCAGGUCUGCAGCAAGGGGUUUGCGCAGAGGAGCAACCUGGUGAAGCACCUGCGGAUGGUGCACCGGGGGGAGAGGGUGUACAAGUGCGCCACCUGCGGGGACAGCUUCCAGCAGAAGCACCACCUGAAGGACCACGGGAGGGUGCACACCAAGGAGAGGCCCCACGUCUGCGAGCUGUGCGGCACCGCGUUCACGCUGAAGCGGAACCUGCGGAGGCACCUGCGCCUCACCAGCUGCAACGGCCACAAUAAGUAGUUCCCUGGCGCGUAGGCUGACUCGUAGGGUCGUGAGCGGUGUCGCGGUUUUCUGUCCGUCCCGUCCGAGGCGAAAUCGUGGCGCGACUGCGUGUACCUAGGGGUGUAUGUAGGGGUGUAUCUAUUGUAUCUAGGGACGUGCCAACCAAAUCCUCGAAUCCUAGGCAGGGAUUCGAGAUUCGCGAAUCCGAAUCCCACUGUCUUUAAAAAGGCAAAUCGAAUCUUUCACAACCAACAAACACAAAAGAACGACGACAGAACUGAUGUUCUGAGGCUGGAACAACGUAGAAGGGAGAAAUACACACAAAGCCUCAAUUUGCCUAAGAAAUUAUAUUUCAGUAUAUUUAUUAGUCAACCCUAUUAGAAAAUGCGUACAUAUUUACAUGCGGGUGGGGAGAACCCGGUAGGAAAGAAAAUCCCUGUUAAAGGGUUCUCCGUAGUGAUUAACAAAUACAUCAAAGACAGUUCACCGAGCAUUAACAUACAUUAAUUUGGCAUUACACUUCUAGAAGGCUUCUGAAGACUGGUUAGAAGACACUGACAGUAGCAGUAAGACAGCUAAACGUACACAAAAAAGAGAUCCGUAUAACAACUCAUUACGCGGGUAACGAGGAUGGUAAGAAGUUUUUGGUUUGGAGUUUAAACGCUAUCCUCCUUAUUUCAGGUGGGAAAUGAUUCCGCUCGCAUACAAUGCGGAAAAUAAAUGAGCGCUUACCGUAAUUAGUUUUUGUUAAUGGUAAAAGCAGACCCUUCGCUCCAGCCCUGCUUUGAUGUUUUGCCUUCAAAUGGUUAUGACUAAGCGUUUUCUGAUUCUAAACAGCCGGUAAUAUACGACCGCGCGAUGAGUAGGACGUUAUGGGAAAUUACUUGUUGAAUACUUAAUAUUCUGUAAUUAGUCAUCACAGGAGAAACAGGGUGUAACGAUGAAAGACGAAAGUCACUGAAAAGGUUAGGCAGCUGGAGGACUCCUACCCACAUCUUCUGGAUUACCGGUAAUCCAGAAGAUGUGGGCUCGAGUCCUACAAGUGGCUAACCUUUUCAGUGUGACUUUCAUCUUUCCUCGUACACAAACCACGUUUGUUUGUUUGUCUUUCAAGUUCUUCUGGUUUUUUCUUCUUUGUUUCAAAGUCUUCUUGUUUGUUUGCUUACAUUUUUGCUCUAGACUGAAAGAGUUCAGACAGGCACUGUUACGUUACAAAUUUAAAAGUAACAUGGUUUUGUGUUUGAUAGUUGGUUAGUUUUAUUGAAAUAAUUCUGGCUCGAGAACUUACGUAUUUUCUUGUAGUUGUUGAACAGCAUGCUAAAUAAACAAGAGUUGUACGGGUA